CUUAUUCCGGUGAGGUGCAGUAUCAAUCCGCAACCAAACACACGACCUUCACUAUCUCUUCUGACGGAAGGAAGAGGAGCUUUUCCUCGAUCCCUUGCUAUCUUCCCGUUUCCUCCUUGAGGAGGUAAUUCUCUUCUUCUAGCAGAAACGCUCUUUCUCUUUCUCUUUCUCUCACAAUGACUAACUUGAAAACUGAUUCCCCUCUCUCCCGUCGCAUCGUUCGCGCCUUCCUCGAUUUCCUCGACUCCGUUGAACCUGCUCCUGGGGUUGAUAUUGAAGGUCUGGAGGUUGCUAGGGAAUGUUUGACUGAAGUUUUUAAGCUUGAUUCAACUUCCAAUAAUGAUUGCAUAAAUCCUGGUUUGUUGGUCGACUUAUUUCGUUCAAUCGAGGCAAAUGAGGCUCAGAAGAUCAAAACAGAUUUGAGUCAUGGAGCUACUCCAGCGGAUACUUCUAGUACAUCCCAUGUCCAGCAGAAUGCUGUUGAUGCUAAUCACUCAGAGACAUCUGGGACUCAGGUUGAUGAUUGGACUCAACCAUCUCAUGCAAUGGGGGUAUCCAAAGAUGAACUCUUUGGGCAGUUCUUUGCUGCCCUUGAGAAAAGUCACUUUUUUAAGACAACGGCUGAUGGGAACGAUGAUCCUGUCCAACUGGAUAAAGCAACGCGUUUAUUUCAUGAUGCUCUAAAUGAGAUGGAAAAAGCUGGAUGCCAAUCAUUUAACCGGAAUAGCUUGGCAGAGACAUUCAAGUCACAAGGUAACAGGGCUAUACAGUCAAAGCUGUACUCUGAUGCAAUUGAAUUGUAUUCUUGUGCCAUUUCGCUUUGUGAAAAUAAUGCUGUAUACCACUGUAACAGGGCAGCUGCAUAUACUCAGAUCCACAAAUAUAAUGAAGCAAUCAGAGACUGUCUUGAAUCCAUUGAAAUUGACCCGAAUUACAGCAAGGCAUACAGUCGUCUUGGACUAGCAUAUUAUGCACAAGGGAACUACAGAGAUGCUAUUGACAAAGGAUUUAGGAAAGCAUUACAGCUAGAUCCUCAAAAUGAAUCUGUCAAAGAAAAUAUUCGGGUAGCUGAGCAAAAACUGAAAGAAGAGCAGCAAUGGACAGAAAGGGAUCAGAAUAUGAAUUCAUCCGGUCACGAUGAUCAAGGAUUUAAUAGCCAGAUACCUCCAUUUACAUCAAUGCCAUUCAACACCAAUGCCAUUCCUGUUGAUUUUGCAAAUAUGUUACGGAGCAUGGCUGCGCAAGUAUACCCGGGACAGCACCCUCAAGACAGACAAGGAGAAGAUAGGAAUGUUAAUGGAUCUGAUGAACCAGAAAUAAGAGUAGGUGGAAGUAUCAAUAUGAAUCUCGGAGAAAACAUUCCUGAACAGCUUAGUGGGGCUUUGAGAUCUAUGAUGGAAAUGUUCUCAGGGGCAGCACCAGCACCGGCACCAGCACCAGCAACCCAUGGAAAUCCUCAAGAUUCAAAUUCAACGAGUAAAAGAUCAACAAACUAAAUUCUUGCUACAGUAUUGUACCAUCAUCUUUCUUGUUUUGCAAAUAGCAACUGUUCUUGUUUUGCAAAUAGUCACUGUUCUUAACAUCAAGGGUAAAAUUUAUCAAACGUUUCAAGGAAGAGAAUGGUACAUAUAGUGGUUUCUUGUUGGAAUUUUUGGAAUCUAUAAGAAAGUGUGUUUUGUA